AUGUCUACUGCUGAAUUUGUUCAAGUGUUAGAAAACACCAUUUUAGCCACUGACCAAAAUGUACGUUUGACUUCUGAAACUCAAUUAAAGAAACUAUCCAAUGAUAACUUUAUUCAAUUUGCAGGAAUGCUAUCACAAGUCUUGGUUGAUUCCUCUAUACCAAUCAAGGAUGAAGCAAGAAUAUUAGCUGCUUUAACUUUGAAGAAUGAAUUGAUCUCCAAGGAUUCAGUAAAGAAUAAUCAAUUUUCUUUACGUUGGAUAAAUAAUGUCGAUAUGAAUUCUAAACUUCAAAUUAAACAAAACGCUUUGAUGGCUUUAGUCUCCAAUGUUACUUCUGCAAGAGUCUCAAAUGCGGUUGCUCAAUUGAUUGCAGCUAUUGCCAACAUCGAAUUACCAAGAAAUGAAUGGCCAGAAUUGUUAAAGAUUAUGGUCGAUAAUACUUCAAGUACCCAACAAGAAAAUGUGAAAAGAGCCUCGUUAUUGACCUUAGGUUAUAUAUGUGAAGCUGCAGACCCACAAGAUCAAACUUUAAUUGCUUCUUCCAAUAAUAUUUUGAUUGCUAUUGUUCAAGGUGCUCAAUCCACUGAGCCAUCAAAACAAGUUAGAUUAACUGCUUUGAAUGCAUUGGCUGAUUCUUUACUCUUCAUUAAAAAUAAUAUGGAUAGAGAAGGUGAAAGAAAUUAUUUGAUGCAAGUCGUUUGUGAAGCUACUCAAACUCAAGAUUAUGAUAUUCAAGCUGCUUCGUUCGGUUGUUUAUGUAAAAUCAUGUCAUUGUAUUACCCUCUAAUGAAACAUUAUAUGGAACAAGCCUUGUAUGCAUUAACUAUUUCCACAAUGAAAUCUGAAAACGAUAAAGUUGCUUCGAUGGCCGUGGAGUUUUGGUCCACCAUUUGUGAAGAGGAAAUCGAUAUUGCUUUUGAAUUAACCCAAUUCCCAGAAUCCCCACUUCAAAGCUAUAAUUUCGCUUUAUCAUCAAUCCGUGAUGUGGUUCCAAAUCUAUUACAAUUAUUAACGAGACAAAAUGAAGAUUUUGAAGAUGAUGAUUGGAAUGUUUCUAUGUCUGCAGGUUCAUGUUUACAAUUAUUUGCUCAAAACUGUGGUAAUAACAUCUUAGAACCUGUCUUAGAAUUUGUAGAAAAUAAUAUCACUUCUGAAAAUUGGAGAAAUAGAGAAGCUGCUGUAAUGUCAUUUGGUUCUAUCUUGGAUGGUCCAGCUAAAGAUCAAAAAGUUUAUUACGUUCAUCAAGCUUUACCUGCUAUUUUAAAUUUAAUGGACGAUUCAGUUAUCCAAGUUAAAGAAACAGCUGCUUGGUGUAUUGGUAGAAUCGCAGAUCUAGUCAUUGAAUCUAUUGAUUCAAACACAAAUCUAAAGGGAGUUAUUCAAGCCUGUUUGAAAGGUUUACAAGACCAUCCAAAAGUUGCAACAAAUUGUUCUUGGAUCAUUAUUAAUCUAAUUGAGCAAUUAGCAGAUGUAGAAAACUCCGAUAUCUUCUCUUAUUAUUCACCUAUCGUGGAUGCUUUAUUAAAAGUUGCUAAUAGAUCUGAUAACGAAUUCAAUUCAAGAGCUUCAGCUUUUACCUCUUUAACUACUGUGGUAGAAUAUUCAAAUGAUACAGUAGCUGAAUGUUCUGCUUCUAUCUCCACGUUUAUCAUGGAUAAAUUAGGUCAAACUAUGAAUGUCAAUGAAGAAACUUUAUCUUUAGAAGAUAAGCAAAGUUUACAAGAAUUACAAUCAAGUAUUUUAACAGUAUUAGCCUCAGUUAUUAGAAAAUCUCCACAAAGUGUUAGUUCUGUCUCAGAUAUGCUAAUGGAUCUAUUCUUAAAGUUGUUAAACCAACAAGAUUCUGCUUAUAUUGAAGAUGAUGUCUUUUAUGCAGUAUCUUCCUUGGCUUCUUCCUUGGGUAAAGAUUUCGAAAAAUAUUUGGAUCCUUUCUCUGCUUAUUUAGUAAAAGCUCUAAAUCAAGUAGAUUCUCAAGUGGCAAUCACUGCUGUAGGUUUUAUUGCUGAUAUUUCAAAUUCUUUACAAGAAGAUUUUAGAAAAUAUGCUUCAGCUUUUAUGAAUGUUCUAGGUCAAAUUAUAACAUCAUCAAAUUCAAGAAAAGAUUUAAAACCUGCUGUAUUAAGUGUAUUUGGUGAUAUUGCCUCAAACAUUACAGAUGAUUUCAUCCCAUAUUUAAAUGAAGUUAUUACCUUAUGUGUUGCUACUCAAAAUGAUAAACCAGAAAAUGGUACUUUAGAAGCAUUAGAUUAUAGAAUUAAAGUUUUGGAAGCUGUUUUGGAUGCAUACGUUGGUAUUGUUGCCGGUUUAUCGAAUAAUCCACAACCUUUAUUCCCUUACGUAGGUACAAUUUUCCAAUUUCUUUCAAUGGUGGCUGAAGACCCACAAUUAUAUGGUGAAGAUUCUACUUCCAGAUCUGCUGUAGGUUUAAUUGGGGAUUUAGCAACUAUGUAUCCAGAUGGUUCUAUUAAACAAUUCUAUCAACAGAAUUGGGUAUCUGAGUUUAUGAAAAAGACUAGAACAAAUCCUAUCUUUUCCCAAUCGACAAAGGAUACUGCUAGAUGGGCAAGAGAACAACAAAGAGCUCAAUUAGCUUUAUAA